AAAGUUAGAAAGGUACCACUGGCACUUAGUAGUAUAAUUCUUGAAAGAAGAAGAAGAAGAAGAAACGUAAAACCUCUUUCUUUAUUUCUACUGAGAAAGAAAACAGAAAAACAGAAAAACAGAAAGAGAAAAGAAGCGCGGUUUCAACAAGACGCAGUGAAUCCAUGUCUUCCAAAAAAUCCUCUUCCUCUGAAGAUACCAAUUCUCCCUCACCAAAACGCCAAAAGGUCGACAAUGGCGGUUCGCCGGAGAAAAUGACCACUCCAGAACGCCAAAAGGUCGAUAAUGGUGGUUUGCCGGAGAAAUUGAGUAUUCCAGAACGCCAGAAGGUUGACAAUGGGUGUUCGCCGGAGAAAAUUAGUAUUCCAGAACGCCAAAAGGUCAAUAGUGUGAAGAGUCCUAGCAAGACUGGCGCUACGCCGGCUGUUCCAGAGACAGUGCCGGUGGCUCCAAGAUUAAGGCGGUCCAAUGGAAGCGCACUUAUUUGUGGCAGUCUGUGGAAUGUUUUAGAAGCUGAAGCUGAUACAUGGGGCCAUUUGUUGUCGCAGACUGCAGAGAAUCCAAAUGUGGCUGUUUUCGGACCAAUUUUUACAAUUGGUUCCAGUAGAAACUCCAACCUGAUAUUGAAGGAUCGGCCUUUAUGUGAAUGUUUUUGCCAGAUCACACGUGUCGAGUGCUCGGGAAGUGAUGCAGCCGUGCUAGAAAGUACUGGUAGCAAAGGAUCUGUGCUAGUAAACGGGUUACCUGUGGAUAAGAAUACCAUAAUUAGGCUUUACUCGGGUGAUGAGGUGGUUUUUGAUGUGGUGGGAAAUCAUUUAUAUAUUUUCCAGCAGAAAUUGCCUUCUCCUCCUAAAUACAAAAUAGACCAUACUGAUAUCUUUAGAUUUUCUAGUCUUUGUGAUGUUGAAGAAGUUAAGUUCGAUGGGUUGAAAUUAGCUCCAUUUAGUAGGAGUAAUAGAGCAGCUAAUGUUGGAGCCAGUGACAAAAAUACACCUAUUGGUUGCGAUCUGGAGGCUGGCACAGAGCUAUUCAAUGUAAAUCAGCAGGUAUUGGAAGAAAUAGCCGAGUCAUUACUCAUGAACACAGUAAACUGUUCAGCGUUUGAAGAAGAUCUUGGUGCUGCAAUACUGGACGGAAAAGAAAUAGACAUCUCUUUUGACAACUUCCCAUACUAUUUAAGUGUGAACACAAAGAAUGUUUUGGUUGCUUCAUGCUUUAUACACCUGAAGCAUAAAGAACAUCAAAAGUACACUCUAGAUCUUACUGCCAUAAACCCUCGUAUUUUGCUAUUAGGGCCAGCUGGAUCAGAAAUAUAUCAGGAGACAUUGGCAAAAGCACUUGCGAAACACUUUGGAGCUAAGUUGCUCAUAUUUGAUAGCCAUUUGCUUUUGGGUGGUUUGUCUUCCAAGGAAUCUGAGUUGCUCAAAGAUGGAUUUAACACUGAAAAAUCCUGCAGCAGCGGCAAACAAAAUUCUACAAUCACAGACAUCGCUAGAACCAUGGACCCAUCAGCUAAUGAAAUAGAGACAUCUACCUCUUCAGAGGCACCCACAUCAAAUGGCCUUGAGUCUCAACAUAAUUUGGAUCCUGAUAAAAUACCAUCCACCACUGUGACAGCCAAAAAAUGCUUGUUCAAAUUAGGUGAUAGAGUGGAGUUUAGCUGCCCUUCUUCUGAUGGCUUGUAUGAAAAAUCUUCAAGGGGCCCACCUAAUGGUAGUCGGGGGAAGAUUGUCUUGCUAUUUGAUGAUAAUCCACGCUCUAAAAUUGGUGUGAGAUUUGAUGAACUCAUACAUGACGGUGUUGAUCUUGGAGGUGAAUGUGAGGUUGGCCGAGGCUUUUUUUGCAAUGUCACUGAUCUUCGUUUGGAAAACAGUGGUGCGGCAGUACUGGACAAAUUACUUAUUGAUUCAUUGUUUGAGGUUGUUUAUAGUGAGAGUAAAAAUGCACCAUUCAUUUUGUUCAUGAAAGAUGCCGAGAAGUCAAUAGUUGGAAAGGGAUGUCCAUUUUCAUUUAGAGAUAAACUUGAUACACUUCCAAACAAUGUGGUGGUAAUAGGUUCACACAUUCUUACUGACAAUGACAAUUGCAAGGAAAAGCUGCAGCCACAUCCCGCUGGUUUACUUGUUAAACAACUUGGUGGCAGUAAGGCUGCACUUCUUGACUUGACCGUCUUGGGUAGUCCUGGACAAUUGCAUGACAAGGAAAGGGAAGUACCAAAGCUAAACGAAGCUUUAACUAAUAUUUUCCCAAAUAAAAUUACAAUUCACAAACCACAGGAUGAGGUAUUUCUAGCAUCAUGGAAGCAGCAACUGGAUCGAGAUGUAGAGGCCUUGAAAAUAAAAGCAAAUUUACAUCAACUACGCAUUGUUUUGAGCCAUUUUGGAAUUGAAUGUGAAGGACUUGAGACCUUGUGCAUUAAAGAUCAGACACUUACGAAUGAAAAUGCGAAGAAGAUCAUUGGUUGGGCUCUAAGCCACCACCACAUGCAGAAUUUCGAAGCUAAUCCAGAUUCAAAGCUUAUAUUGUCGUGUGAGAACAUCCAUUAUGGAUGCGGGAUCUUGCAGUCUUUCCAAAAUGAGUCAAAAAGCAUGAAGAAGUCUCUUAAGGAUAUUGUAACUGAAAACAAUUUUGAAAAGAGACUUUUGGCUGAUGUUAUUCCACCAAGUGACAUCAAUGUUACUUUUGAUGAUAUUGGAGCUCUUGAAAACGUUAAGGAUACACUGAAGGAGUUGGUGAUGCUUCCUUUACAGAGACCUGAGCUUUUUUGUAAAGGGCAAUUGACCAAGCCAUGCAAGGGCAUCCUAUUAUUUGGCCCCCCCGGAACAGGCAAAACAAUGCUUGCAAAGGCAGUUGCAACUGAAGCUGGUGCAAACUUCAUCGACAUUUCUAUGUCAAAAAUUACGUCUAAGUGGUUUGGUGAGGGUGAGAAGUAUGUGAAAGCUGUUUUCUCUCUGGCGAGUAAAGCUGCUCCUAGUGUUAUAUUUAUUGAUGAAGCUGAUAGCAUGUUGGGUCGAAGGGAAAAUCCAGGGGAGCAUGAGGCCACGCGGAAAAUGAAAAAUGAAUUCAUGGUUAAUUGGGAUGGUUUACGUACAAAGGAUUCUGAACGAGUUCUUGUGCUUGCUGCCACUAACAGGCCUUUUGACCUAGACGAGGCUGUCGUUAGGAGGCUACCACGAAGAUUGAUGAUAAAUUUGCCCGAUGCUCCAAAUAGAGCAAAAAUAUUGAAAGUUAUACUUGCGAAAGAGGAAUUGUCUCCUGAUGUUGAUCUGGAUGCAGUAGCAAGCAUGACUGAUGGAUAUUCCGGAAGUGAUCUUAAGAAUUUGUGCGUAACUGCUGCACAUUGUCCAAUUAAAGAGAUAUUAGAAAAGGAAAAAAAGGAACGUGCUAGUGCUCUAGAAGAAGGUCGACCUGCUCCUGCAUUAUGUAACAGUGGGGACAUCCGAUCUUUAAACAUGGAAGACUUUAAACAUGCUCACCAACAGGUGUGUGCCAGUGUUUCUUCUGAGUCAGUAAAUAUGACCGAGCUUGUACAGUGGAAUGAACUAUAUGGUGAAGGUGGUUCAAGAGCAAAGGAAACACUCAGCUAUUUCAUGUAGAGCUUUCUCAUUGGUUAUUGUGUUGCCAAUUUCUAGGGCUUCUAGGUCUUGCUGUUGCGCUACAUAUGGGAUGAUGGAUUUCAAAAAGGGGUGGAACCUUCCAGAAUUUUGGAGGGCUCUGCUUUGUUUGUUUUGUUCCUCAUUUCAAAAGAACGUUGUGCAUAUAUUGCUGCUCCGGCAGAGUCUUAUGUUUUACACCAAAAUUGAGUUUUUAAUAAAACAAAUAUACGAAGAAAUGUCUUGAAUUGA